GCAGAUGCGCGGAGUGGGAGUUGGUAAGGGGCGUGGCUGUACAACCCGGCCGUACUGUAUCGCCGCAGCGAGGUAUAGCAGUCACACGCUUCAGUCUCUCGGCAACCGUCGGCGUAGCGGAAUGUCCACGCGUUCACAACUCCGUGCAGAGCUCUAUUCGGUUAAGCUAUUCUUUUUAGUAUUGUAUUUAUGUUCACUAUAGAAUUCUCGAUUGUCUCUCAGUGGUGCUUUGGAUUUUGUUUUAGUGUUGUGACGCGGAUGUCAAGUGACUCCAAAGUGGAAACUAUGUCUACUUCCAACUCUUCUGAGGGAAACAGGAGCACAUUAGAAUCUGACAAAAUCUCAGCCGAGGAAUGCCCCCCAUUCAACACCGAACUGGUAUGGGAAAUAGACAAGAAAGAGUUGCGUAAAAUCAGAAGCGCAAACCAACCCUUACGUGUUGAAUGCAUCACUACCGAUGCUCAUAAUCGUAGAGAAAGGGUUGGAUUUGCCCUCUUGAGCCUAAGAAGCGCCCAGAUCAUACCCCAGAAGCAAGCAGAUGAGCCGACCAAGUAUAGUUGGUAUAAAUUGAUCGGUUGUCAGACGGAUAAGAAGAAAUUUCAUCCAGAGCUGUAUAUGUCCCUAGCUCUCAGGGAUCAUUUGCCCAGUGAAGUCGAAACUGCAGCUUUUCCAGCAGGUGCUAUGCCAUAUAUUUCCGAAGAAGAUAACAAUGCUCCGCAAGAGGUUUCUUCGAUUUUUCCUAUCAAGUACUUCCACGAUGGACAUAUACAAGUUGGCGAUGAAGGCAAGACUUGUUCCAAUUACUUUCUCAAUAUUUUGGUUAAGGAAGCGGCCAACUUGGAUACAUUGCUACCAGAAGUGCUGGUGUUCCAACAACUCAAAGACAAGUAUUACCUGUCCUUCAAGAUGCUCGGGAUAAGUAUUAAGACCAAACCCUUCAAGAAAGAACUUCAUAACAGCAUUGUCUUGAACGAGAAAAUCGUAGUCAACCUCAUGUCCGAAAAAGAUAUAUUGGAAGAGUUCUUCAGAGAACAAGGUGUGACCAUCAUAUUCCAAUAUGGCCAAGACAAACUGGGUAUCACCAGCAUGGACCUAGAUGACAUUUUUCAGCAAAAGAGUCAGAGGUGCUUUUUCAAGUUCCCAUCACCAAAUGGUAUGAUACCAUUCGGAAGUACCGAUAAGUCUCCUUAUAUUGAGCUGCUCAUUUGGAUGGAGGAGAAGGGUUGUGAAGCUUCAGAAGAGGAAGACAUUCAGAAGCCUAAAAUCAAAACAAUAUUCUCUAAUGCAGAAAAGAAGCCUGAUCAAGCUGAAGGCCAGGUGAUAGGUGUUUAUAUUCUGGACAAACUGGAGAAAGCAGACCUCAAAUCUUUAUCUGACAAUGACGUGACCGAAGAAGAUAUCGUACAAAAGCCCUUCAUCACUAAGUCGGUGGACACUGUUAUAAAAAACGUCCCUUUAUCGCCGAAACGACCAGGACCUUUCGACCCUUACCAAAAAUACGUCACUCAGAUCACGUUGAAGAGUAUAAUUUGGACAAUCCCACCCCCUGAUACGAAGAUAAUGUUCAAGUUUUUGCACCCAAAAGCAGCUAGUUGCAUCUCUGUGUUUACUGAAAUUAGCAAUGAAGUCGAUGGUCACAUACCAUUGAAUAACUUGGAAGUCAAAAUUGGAUACAUCUCCACACCAGAAAAGAUCAAGAAGCUCUUAACAGUCUGGACCCCAAGACUCUUGUUAACAGAUGAAUUUGAAGUCAGUUUAUGUGAAGAGUACCAAUUUAACAUAGAUUGUAUAGAUGACACUUUAGAGUAUGACAUAACACUAAGAGCUUCCAGAAACUAUGAGCCAAUGGCAAAAAUUAACGUAUACGUAAGUUUGAAAUAUUUCGAUUUGGAUGAUGUUGAUCAAUUCGAGCAUUUGUAUCUCCUUCCCAUAAUAAUCGAUGAAAUAAUUUCUGCCAAAGAAGUGAGUGACAUAGAAAAAUGGAAGGCCCAAGAAAAAGCAAGGUUUGAAGCAAGCUUGGAAAUAAUAAAGCAAGAAGAGAUCAGGGCAUUGGGCGAAGAAUGGAAAGCAAAGAAAGAUGAUCUUGAAGAUAAGCUUAACGCGCAGAUGGACAAGUGCAGAAAACUGCAAGAGGAUUUGAAGAAGAAGCUCAUCAGCUUGAAAACUGAUAGAAGCUUAGUGAAGCAACACAAUUAUAACCAGUUGUACGAAAAUAUCUUCAUUGAGAAUUGGAGAAGAUUCUCCAACGACAACACGAAAGAGUUGAUCGAAACUUUGAGCAGGUCAGAACGUGACAACGAGCUGUUGAAACAAAUGGCUGAUGACCUCAGAGAGAACCUGGCGAACAUGGAGAAAACCAGCUUGACGAAGAAACAAACAACAAAUCUACUAGAAGAACUGAAGACGCUAGAGCAGAAAUUUGAGGAAACUCAAAGCGCGAAGAGUUAUUUCAAAGACCAAUGGAAGAAAGCUUGUGACGAGAUUCAUGACUUGAAGACGGAAGAUAUACAGAUUAUGCAAAUACAGAUCAAGCAAAGUAAGGAAGAGUUGAAUAGGAUUGGUAUAAAGGAAGGAGAGGGGGACGAAAGCUCUGCGAGUGAUAGUAGUGGGUAGUGAUUUAUGAUUCUUGUGAAUAAAGGUAUAUGAAACUUAUUUAAUAAAAUUUGUUUUAUUUGUACUGGC